AUGUUUCCAGCUCGCUUUGAUGCCCUUUCGUGGAUAGAUUCUUCAUAUUGGGUUUCAAUCCUCCUCGUUGCUCCACUGCUACUGAUAUCCUUUUACCUUUACAAGACCUGGGCAAAGCUACGCCAUAUUCCGGGCCCCUUCUUCGCUCAGUUCACCGACUUUCCACGCUUCUUGUGGGUAAGGUCACGGAAGGCGCACGAGAUCCACAUCGAUCUCCACGCAAAAUAUGGCAAACUGGUUCGGUUUGGGCCGAAUAUGGUCUCUGUCGGAGACCCGUCAGAAAUAUCCAACAUAUACAGGAUGCAUACACCCCUUCUGAAGUCAGAUUUCUACCAUGUCAUCCUGCCCAUGUCCAAAGGAAAAGUCAUGCCUGGCCUCUUUGCCACUCAGGACGAGGCCCUUCACCGGACCUUAAAGAAACCGAUUGCGAGCAUAUAUUCGAUGACGAACCUUGUCUCAUUCGAACCAUUUGUCGAUUCCACCAUUGGCGUCUUCUUUGAGCAGCUCGACAAACGGUUCGUCAAAACAGGAGCUGUUUGUGAUUGGGAUGUCUGGCUCCAAUAUUUUGCGUUCGAUGUUGUCGGUGAGCUCACCUUCUCUCGGCGGCUAGGCUUCCUGGAACGCGCAGAGGAUGUCGAUGGCAUCAUGAGAGGCGUCUGGAAGUGGUUUGAAUACGCUGCACCUAAUUCGUUCAUCUCUCGGCUACGUCCAGCACGCUGGUCACCCAUGGUGGAAUUUGCAAUGAAGAGACAGGUCGAGCGAUUGAGUGCCGUAGGUAAAGAGGAGGGUCUCAACCAACGUGACUUCCUCUCGCGCUUUAUCGCCGCCAUGGACAAGGACCCAUCGAUUCCGAAAUGGGCCCUUCCCGCUUGGACCGGAUCCAAUAUUCUCGCUGGCAGCGACACAACAGCCAUCUUCUUACGGACCCUGUUUCACAAUUUACUUGCUCACCCAUCGACGCUGGCCCGUCUGCGUAACGAGCUCGACGCCGCUGCCUCCUCCGGCCACCUCUCGAUUCCCACAACCUGGAAAGAGAGCCUUGGCCUACCCUACUUAGACGCCUGUAUAAAAGAAGCAGGGCGUAUACACCCUCCUUUCGGUCUACCUCUAGAAAGGAUUGUGCCUGCCGGCGGCAUGACCGUCUGUGGCGAAUACCUAGCGCCGGGUACCAUAGUCGGCAUGAACGCUUGGGUCGUACAUCGUGAUCAGGAGACAUUUGGCAAAGACGCGGACGCGUGGCGGCCUGAGCGCUGGCUCGUGGAGGGCGAGACGAGGAAGAGAAUGGAAAGCGGGUUACUCACUUUUGGUGGUGGCCACAGAACAUGUCUAGGAAAGAACAUCUCCCAUCUGGAAAUUUACAAGGUCGUCCCAACUAUUCUGCAAGUAUAUGACAUCGAGCUCAUGAAAAACUCACAAGUCUUGCACAUUGAAAACCGAUUUUUCGUGCCGCAAAGUGGCUUCCAAGUUCGGUUAAAGAAAAGGGCUUCUGAAAAGCAUUCAAAAAAUUGA